AACAAUGAUCGCUUGGCUCCUGCUGCUGGCGCUGGUCGCUCCCUCGUCAACCCUCCCUCUGUCGUCCAGGCAGAAAGACAGCUGGCAUUUAGCAGAGAAAUACCUCCGUCGCUUCUAUGGUCUGCCUGCCGGCCUUCAAGGGAGACAGAGAUCCUCCAGUCUCUUUCAAACAAAGAUCAAGGAAAUGCAGAAAUUCUUCAACCUCAAGGUGACAGGGAAUCUGGAUGAUAACACUUUGGAUGUAAUGCAGCAGGCCCGAUGUGGAGUCCCGGAUAUUGGGGAGUACAAUCACUUCCCUCGACACCUCAAGUGGCAAAACAAUAAUGUCACAUUCAGGAUAUUGAAUUAUACACCCGAUCUGAAGAAGUCAGAUGUAGACAGGGCUAUCCGCACGGCGCUGAACGUCUGGGCGGAUGUCACUCCUCUGACGUUUAAGAAGCUGUACUACGGGAAUGCUGAUAUAAUGAUCAGCUUUGGAUCAAAAGAGCAUGGCGACCACAACCCUUUCGAUGGCCCUAAUGGACUGCUGGCUCAUGCAUACCCUCCUGGUCAAGGCAUUGGUGGAGACACACACUUUGAUGAGGAUGAACACUGGACCAAAGAUUCAUCGGCUUACAACCUCUUUAUCGUGGCAGCCCAUGAGUUGGGCCACGCCCUCGGUAUGGGCCAUUCCACUGACCCAGGUGCUCUGAUGUACCCCGUCUACGCGUACGCUACAGGAUACCCGCUGGCUGAGGACGACAUCGAAGGCAUUCAAGCUCUCUAUGGUCCCAACCCCAACGCAAGGAAAGUGAAGCCAAAACCCGACGCACCGAACAAAUGUGACCCCAUGUUGACUUUCGAUGCUGCUACAGAGCUCAGAGGAGAAACCAUCAUCUUCAAAGACAGGUUCUAUUGGCGCCUUCAUCCCCAGAUGCCAGAGCCUGAGCAGACCAUGAUCAAGUCCACAUGGCCGUCUCUCCCAAACAAGGUGGACGCAGCGUACGAGAACCCGGAGAAGGACGUGGUCACCAUAUUUAGUGGUAUUCGAAUGUGGGCUUUGAAUGGCUACAACGUCGUGGAUGGUUACCCAAAGUACAUCCACAAACUUGGUCUGCCCAAGAGCGUUCGGAAAAUCGACGCCGCCGUGCACAUUUCAGACACAGGAAAGACUUUGCUCUUUACUGAGGAAGACUAUUGGAGCUAUGAUGAAGCCACAGGCACCAUGGACAGUGGUUACCCACGAUCCAUUGAGGAUGACUUUCCUGGAAUGGACGAUGAAGUUGACGCUGCCACUUAUCAUUAUGGAUACUUGUACUUUUUCCACGAACACAUACAGUACGAGUACAGUUACAACUCAAGGAAAGUCAUGCGUAUCCUGAGGACCAACUCUAUUCUCAACUGCUGAUGAGCUGGACUGUGAGCCUCCCCUGUUACUUGGAGAAAUGUCAAAUUAUAGCUGGCUAUAUGACAUAGGACGCAGCGCGGCAAACUGUGCACAAGUUUAUUUCUAUUUAUUUUACGCUGGUGUAUUGUAUAGAAACUAUUACUAAACAUAUCGAGAAAAUUAAGAUGUCAGGCUUCUUGACUGCAGUGUGACAACCUGGUCCACUUAUAUA